CCCUUCCAGUACUCUUCUAGUAUCGCUUCCCGAUACAUUUCUGUCCUGGCCUACUCCUAAGGGGACCCCUCGGCUCUCCAGUUCCACGUUUCUCGAAUUAACCCAUUUUCCGUCGCCACAUGGCAGCCGUCUAGGCUCGUUCGCAGCGAAACCAUUGACUUCGGUUCGCGCUUGGUACACUUUUGCGAUCGGGCGAGUGCCGACCGCCUCUGUGCCUGUCUUCUCUUUUAAAAACAAAUCCUUUCCUCGUCUCCUCACGUUGUCUCUUCAGCCUAUCCAACUCCUCGAUGAUCACAGUCAACAUGGGGAACCCAAACGAGACCAACAGCAUGGAGAUGCAAGAGCCUGGGAAGGACUCCAUCUCUUCUCUUGAUCGUAUCUCAGACGAGCCCAAAUCUGAAAGGGCCGGAGAGAGACAUGUUGCAAAGGCCUACCCUGUGGCCACAGACGCUCCUUCGCUGAGGCGACUUUUCAGUUUCGCCCAGCUUCUUGCCUUCUCCUUGACGUUUAUGGAAUCAUGGGAAGUCAUGGCAAUCAACAUUUCUGCAACCUUCUGGAACGGUGGCCCACGAGCUUUGAUCUGGGGAUGUAUCGCUGUGGUCGCUGGUUCUCUUUGCCAGGCAUACUCAAUGGCUGAACUCGGCUCCAUUUUGCCAAUCGCCGGUGCGCAGUACCACUGGACUCACAUCAUGGCUCCAGACAGUACGAAGAAGUUCAUUACCUGGAUGCAAGGUUGGGUCACCUGGUUUGCUUGGGUAUCUGCUCUUGCUGGAAGUACCUCCGGUGAAGCUGCGCUUCUGCAAGCCUUGAUCGCCGAGAACAUCCCCGGAUACACGCCAGAAAGAUGGCAUCUUACCCUGAUCAUGUGGGCACUGCUGAUCAGCGUCGGAUUGAUGAACAUGUACACCUUCUGGGUCAUCCCAUGGCUCGAAUUGACGGCUGGUAUCUUGCACGUCGUGCUCUUCAUCAUCUUCAUGGUUGUGCUCGUCACCCUCGCUCCGAGACACGACUCGCAUUUUGUUUGGUUCACAGAUUCGACGCAGUCGGGAUGGGAUAGUAGUUUUGUGGCAUUCAACCUAGGAAUGCUCGUACCUGCCUGGGGAUUCAUUGGCUUUGACGGUGUCGUCCACAUGUCCGAAGAAGUGCGAAAGGCGAAGCACGCUGUUCCUCGCUCAAUGAUCUUGACCAUCGUCAUCAACGGUGUCAUGGCCUUUGCGACCAUUUUGGUCCUUCUGUACUGCCUGGGCGACCCAAACACUGUCCUCAACGCAGCAUACCCGAUCGUCAACAUCUGCUACAACGCGACAAAGUCAUGGCCUGCCACCAACGCGCUGGUCUCGAUGCUGAUCCUCAUCACCUACUGUGUGGUUGCAGCCAGUGUCGCUUCCGUUUCGCGCAUCACCUGGGCUUGGGCUCGUGACGGUGCUCUUCCCAAAUGGCUGGCGAUUAUCGACGCCAAACACCACGUCCCCACGAACGCACUGUGGCUCCCGAUUGUCAUCGUCAUGCUCCUUGCCCUUUUGAACAUUGGCUCGACCGCCGCCACCGCCUUUAGCGCCUUCACCGCCCUGUCCUCGCUGGGCCUGUACACGUCGUACAUCAUCGCCAUCAGCUGCAUCUUGCAUGCCCGCCUGACCGGUCGUUUGAGCGACAAACCGGGGGCCGCGGUCCAGUACGGAGGCUGGCGCAUGUGGAAGGGGUUCGCCGUGCCCAUCAACAUCAUCGCACUCGUGUGGACCAUCUACCUCACCAUCUGGCUCCCGUUCCCCACCACGAUCCCCGUCACCGGCACGAACAUGAACUACGCCCUCCCCAUCUACGUCGCCGUCGUCCUGGCCUCGCUCGGGUACUGGUUCGCCUGGGGAAGCAAAAAUUGGCCCGGUUUGAACGCCAGCGCCAUUGGUAUGGUCGAGGCACAUGAUUAAGGGAGGAGAAACAUACAAGAGGCGUGGGGAGGAUACAUCACAAAGGGGGGUUGUUUUUGUGGCUGCACAUGGCCCCCGCCGUGAAUCAUCUUCCUUGUGGCUCUCUCGGACGACCUCACCUCUUUUCUUGUGUCAUUCUUUCCACCUGCAUCGGAUUGGUGUGUGUGUUUCGAACAUUUUGUCAAAUCUAACGACCAUUUGCACCUACACACACACACACACCUCACGAACUUUCCCCCUUCGAUGAACCCACAACCGGAAAAAUCAGACUGAUGACGGUGUGAAAGACUUUUUCUCAGGCCGUCGAAAAGGGGUUUUGGCGUUUCUACUUUUUUGGGGGGUUCGACUCGAAGUCAUCUAUACUCGGUACAUACCAUCUUAUACCGUCCUAUCCCUUUAGUACAUAGCUCCGCUCGUGUUGUUGUUGUUCUCUUCUUCGUUGUUGUGAAAAAAAGAAAAGGAAGAAGAGCAAAAUAGAAGCCAUUCUCUCUAAACGCUUCUUUUUU